AUGGCACUUCAAGGAGCUCCAAGAGUCCUCCGUGGAUGCUCAACCGCUAAGGUCAGGAUCGUACCAUUGUGGCAGACUCGAGCAUUUACCAGCUCUCGUCACAAUCCGAAUGCUGCUGAAAGCGUAUCGCCCAGUGGGCAAAGUCCAUCAUCACAGAAGAAGCGAGAAGCUCUUGAAGACCGCAAUGCUAUCGACCGACAGUCUGACGAGACAUCCAAAUCUGGCACCGACGAUGUGGUGGCUGCACAGUCCAACAUCGCAUUCUCUGAGGUCGAAUACGACAAUGACCCGUCCGAGCUUCGCUCUAAAGCCGAGCGUCAGAGUCACUGGAGCAAUCCGCUUGACGCCUCACCAGCCAACCAGAGUCUGAGUCAACAAACGGCUGAGGUGGAGGGCGGUGCGAAGAAGAAAACAGUCAUCGUCAAGGAGGAAACACGCUCCUACCGCGGGAAGAAGGCGACCGGAGAGCAUAAUGUUGAAGCGGGAUUCGAGAAACGAGUGUUUGCAGGAUCGACAACUGGAGGAAAGCUGAAAGGCAAAGGCCAUAAGGAUCCCCCGAUUGUUGAGCAGGGUGUGAGGUGA